AUGGUCACCCUCCUACUUCUUCUCGUGUUCGCCGUCGUCCUCUCAUCCACCGCCGCCGCUCAGACCGUGAACGCCGAUCUCAAAAUGCUGAUGAUCGACACCGCAGUAGGCCCAGAGAGCAUCGCCUUUGACAGCCGCGGCGAGGGACCGUAUACAGGAGUUUCCGACGGUCGCAUAAUCAAGUGGGGAGGGCACAACAGCGGAUGGCAGAGCUUCGCCUUCCCCUCUCAAUGGUCUGAAGAGCUCUGUGAUGGUGAAGAGAUUCAUAUGGAGGAGAAGUGCGGGCGGCCGCUGGGCUUACAGUUCAACAAGAAGACGGGAGAGCUGUACAUCGCCGACGCUUAUUUCGGGCUUAUGGUGGUCUCGCCGGAGGGUGGAUCGGCGCGACAACUGGCGACGGAGGCCGGCGGCGUUCCGUUCAAGUUCACCAAUGGGGUUGAUGUGGAUCAGGAAACUGGUGUGGUUUAUUUCACCGACAGCAGUUCUCGCUUUCAAAGAUGGGAGAAUGAGGUGGUGGUGGCCACCGGCGACUCCACCGGCCGGUUCAUGAAAUACGAUCCAGAGACACAGAAAGUGACGAUCCUCGUCAGCGGCCUGGCAUUUCCAAACGGUGUUGCCAUCAGCCACGACAGGUCCUUCGUCGUCGUUGCCGGAACAACCAACUGCUUGAUCUCAAGAUACUGGCUGCAGGGCCCCAAAGGCGGCCAAUUUGAGCCAUUUGCGGAGCUUCCGGGCUACCCUGAUAACAUAAAGAGGAAUGCAGAUGGAGAGUUCUGGGUGGCAAUCAACAGGGAGAAGAUAAGGCUCGGUGGUGGUGUCGUAAUGGCGCCGGCGGCGGUGAAGCUGAGUAACAAGGGGAAGGUUCUGAAGGUGUUGGAUGGGACGGUUAUGAGUCCAUUGAGUGAGGUAGAGGAGAGGAACGGGACGCUCUGGUUAGGAUCUGUGUUGUUGCCCUAUGUUGGUGUAUAUGGUAAUUAGAUCAUGUAAUUGGGCUUAUUUAAUAACUUAUUAAGGUCUUUUGCUUUAUAAAUGAGGAAUUAUGAUAUAAUAA